AUGGAGACUCAGGCAGAUAUUCCACCAGAUCUCACCGACGACGACAAAGCUUUCUUCCUCCAAGCUCUGGACGUUGAGCUAAAUUCAGGAAUUUUCUACGCGCUGUUGUAUGGCGUAUACACCGGUAUUCUUGCUGUUACGCUGUGGAAUAUUUUCAUCAAUAAAAUUCGGCCGGUCCGACGAGCCUUGGUCGUCAUAAUUAUUCUCCUGCACGCUCUCAUUACUAUCAAUUUUGCUGCCGAUUGGUCAUAUACACGCUCCGCAUUCAUCGAAAACGGGCAAAGUUUUUGGACCGUAUAUUUGAAUCUUAAUGUAACCGAGGCUUCCUAUUGGGAGAUGGAUAUUCCAGCCUUAAUGAGUACCAUUCUUACAGACUCGUAUAUGAUUUGGUGCUGCUGGGUGGUUUGGGGACGGCGCUGGCUUAUUGUUCUGCUUCCAAUCAUUUGCCUAAUUACUGCAACUGUGUCGAAAGUCCUUCAAGUAUAUUUAGUGAACUCCAAUGCUUAUAUGUCGUACGAAGUAUUCCUGAUGCUCUACAUAUCCUUCAUCCUGGCAACGACAUUAUGGUGCACGCUACUCAUCAUUUUCCGCAUUUUGACUGUUACUGGAGUUGGACGCGGAGCAGGCGGCCGACUGUUUCUGAUUCUAUACUUGGCUUUAUUCAUUCGCAAUGAUUUUGGGUUUUAUUACCUUGAUGCGAUAGCUAGCAUUGCGAAGGGAGUUGCACCCACGCUCCUUGUCGGCAGAGCAGCGGCAGGUCACACGCGCCCAACCGAAGAACAUGAUGAAACUUCGGUGGUGUCUACCAUUCGUUUCCAGACGUCUGCGCAAUCUUCUCACCCUUCGCAACCUUCUACUUCAAGCUAUCAGGAAUCCACUAUGCAGAGUGCAGUCCUUGAAGUUGACCUUGAAGCUCAACUGGAGCAGUCGGAUGAGUUCGUCGUAUCCGUUGUAAAUACACAAUAA